AUGAGCGAAUUUGUCAAGCAACCACAUCCGGAUGCCGCCCAUCGCGAGAGGCUUUCCAUGGAGAUACCGGGCUUGAGCCCCCGACAGGUCCAGGUCUGGUUCCAGAACAGGCGAGCCAAGAUCAAGAGACUCAAUGUCGAGGAUCGCGACCAGGUGCUCAAGAUGAGAACAGUCCCAGCCGGCUUUGAUAACGUCCAGGCCCUACACUCCCCGUACGGUGCCUUUCCCGGACUCGGGUCACGCAUGUCACACACGAGCGAGCCGGGAAGUCAGAGGAUCGGAGACCAUGACCCGUUGACGGCCGAUGCACGCAUUUCGGACCGGGAUGACAAGUCCUCGGCUUCGGUCCCUACCCCUGGCUACGAGCGCGCCAGCUUCCACUUCCCUCCUCCCGGGAGGAGCACGACUAUUCCGACUGAUUAUACGACCUCGGCCGACGUCGGUUACGGCCCUUCGUACGGGGGACAGAUGUCGCCCCUCGUGGGUGGCGCGAGUCCAUAUCCCGCCAACAGGCCCAUGUUCAACAGCCCGUCUUCGAUAGGACGGCAGCUGACAGGGUCACCCCAGCCCAUGAACCCCAGCGAGUCCUUUUCGAGGAAUAGGGUUGGAUCAGAUAACCCCACCGUCGUUCCAUGGAAGCCGGAUACAGUCGAAUAUCCGGGCUACCCGACACCACACGGCCGUUCAGCGACACAACCGCUCUACCGCACAGCCUCGCACCCAAACCUCGGCAUCGGAGUGUACAAUGCGGGAAACUAUCAGGAUCCAUCCAUGCAACCCCCCGUGGUCGAUGUGCAGCAGCAGCAGCAGCAACGCCCGCCACCCGACUCGGACGGCUCGAGACGCUUCCCCCCGAUGCCGCUAAACAUGGACAUGCGAGAUCACCAGUACAGAAUGGGCUCGCACGAGCCCAGCCCCCUCAGUCAGGGACAGGGCCAGUACCCCCGACCGACGAGCUACCACCACACGGCCACAUACCCGCCCGCACCGCUGACGGCCCCCGGCGGCUCAUUUUCCCACCAGGUAGGGGGGAGCGGUAGCGAGGCAGCGGCAAUGGUACCAGGUGGGUACCCGGAUAACAGCACGCAGUAUCCUGCUACAGCGGUCUCGAGCGAGUUCCCCAGGUCUGUGUAUGGCGCGGUACCGCUGCCUCCUAGACGAGCCGACAGCUUUGGCGACAAGAGACAUGAGCGAUUUUGA